CUCCACCCAGGUCGCAGGCAGCGCGGUCGGUGGCGGCUGUUUCCCGCCAUUGUGCGAAGUGGAGGCUGGGGGCUGCACACGCCGAGCCUGACCGUCUCCAGCAGCUCUUGGCUACCGCCGCCGCAGUCGCUGCUCCCUGAGGCACUGGGAGGCCGGGCGGCCCGCGCCGCGCUGUGCGUGGGAGGGCGCGGGCAAGGAGCGGCCGAGCCCCUGCGGAGAAAGCUGGGCGCCGGCCACCCGGGCCGCGCCGACCGCGGCCCUCGACGAGAUGCCCUGUGGGGAGGAUUGGCUCAGCCACCCGCUUGGGAUCGUACAAGGCUUCUUCGCUCAAAAUGGAGUUAAUCCUGACUGGGAGAAGAAAGUAAUUGAGUAUUUUAAGGAAAAGCUAAAGGAAAAUAAUGCUCCUAAAUGGGUACCAUCAUUGAAUGAAGUUCCCCUUCAUUAUUUGAAACCUAACAGUUUUGUGAAAUUUCGUUGCAUGAUUCAGGAUAUGUUUGACCCCGAAUUUUACAUGGGAGUUUAUGAAACAGUUAACCAAAACACAAAAGCACGUGUUCUUCAUUUUGGAAAAUACAGAGAUGUAGCAGAGUGUGGGCCUCAACAAGAACUGGAUUUAAACUCUCCAAGGACUACCACUUUGGAAAGACAGACUUUCUAUUGUGUUCCAGUGCCUGGGGAAUCCUUAUGGGUAAAAGAAGCCUAUGUUAAUACAAACCAAGCUCGAGUCAGUCCCUCAACAUCCUAUACUCCCAGUCGUCACAAGAGGAGUUACGAAGAUGAUGAAGAUAUGGACCUACAACCCAAUAAACAGAAAGACCAACACACAGGUGCCAGACAAGCAGGAAAUGUUGGUGGUCUUCAGUGGUGUGGAGAGCCGAAGCGUUUAGAAACUGAAGCUUCUACUGGCCAACAGCUGAACUCCCUGAACCUCUCUUCUCCUUUUGAUCUGAAUUUUCCAUUGCCAGGAGAAAAGGGGCCUGCAUGCCUUGUGAAGGUCUAUGAAGAUUGGGAUUGCUUUAAAGUAAAUGAUAUUCUUGAGCUAUAUGGCAUACUAUCUGUGGAUCCUGUGCUUAGUAUACUGAAUAAUGAUGAAAGGGACGCCUCUGCGCUGCUGGAUCCAAUGGAGUGCACAGACACAGCAGAAGAGCAGAGAGUACAUAGCCCUCCUGCUUCAUUAGUGCCAAGAAUUCAUGUGAUUUUAGCUCAGAAGUUACAGCACAUCAACCCAUUAUUGCCUGCUUGCCUUAACAAAGAGGAGAGCAAAACCUUUGUUUCAAGUUUCAUGUCCGAAUUGUCUCCAGUCAGAGCAGAACUGCUUGGGUUCCUUACUCACGCCCUUUUGGGGGAUAGUUUGGCUGCUGAAUACCUUAUAUUACAUCUCAUCUCUACAGUAUAUACAAGAAGAGAUGUUCUUCCUCUUGGAAAAUUUACAGUUAACUUGAGUGGUUGCCCACGGAAUAGUACCUUCACAGAACACUUAUAUCGAAUUAUUCAACAUCUUGUUCCAGCUUCUUUUCGUCUACAGAUGACUAUAGAGAACAUGAAUCAUUUGAAAUUCAUUCCCCACAAAGAUUACACAGCCAAUCGCUUGGUCAGUGGACUUCUCCAGCUGCCCAGCAAUACUUCUCUUGUAAUUGAUGAGACUCUUCUGGAGCAAGGGCAGCUGGACACUUCAGGUGUCCAUAAUGUGACUGCCCUGAGCAACCUAAUAACUUGGCAAAAGGUGGAUUAUGACUUCAGUUACCACCAGAUGGAAUUCCCCUGCAAUAUCAAUGUUUUUAUUACUUCAGAGGGAAGGUCACUUCUCCCAGCAGACUGUCGGAUUCACUUGCAGCCCCAGCUAAUCCCACCGAACAUGGAGGAGUACAUGAACAGCCUUCUCUCAGCCGCCCUGCCCUCUGUGCUGAACAAAUUCCGCAUAUAUCUAACCCUUUUGAGAUUCCUGGAUUAUAGCAUAUCUGAUGAAAUAACCAAGGCAGUUGAAGAUGACUUUGUGGAAAUGCGUAAGAAUGACCCUCAGAGCAUCACAGCUGACGAUCUCCACCAGCUGCUUGUGGUGGCUCGGUGUCUCUCUCUCAGUGCUGGUCAGACAACGUUGUCAAGGGAACGGUGGCUAAGAGCAAAGCAGCUGGAGUCUCUAAGAAGAACCAGGCUUCAACAGCAAAAGUGUGUGAAUGGAAAUGAACUUUAAAGAUCAGAGAGGCCUAUAAAGAAUAAUGGGGAGACUGUAACCACAUUAUUGUACAAGUCAAAUACCAUUUAUACUGCAUUAUUUUAUAGACAAUUUGUAUCACAAACCUACUUUUCCUGAAAUCAAGCCUGGUAACAUCUGAAGUUUAUAUAUAUUCAGUAAGGGCUUUUACCUUACUGGUUUUAUGGAGCUUUUAAAGUUUGUUUUAUAAUUAUAUAAAUUAGUAAUGAUGUAAGAAAAGUAUUUGAUAUUAAAAGUUUAAUAUUGAUUAAUGUU